ACCUUUUUUUUUGGGCGAAACUAUGUGAGAAGCGUUUCUAUGCCGAUUCCAUACGAUCUACGUGAACAUGAAUCGGUAUAUAACAUUGACCCAACUGGGUGAUGGAACCUAUGGCACAGUGGUUCUAGGUCAGCGAAAAGACACUGGCGAAAAGGUGGCCAUCAAGCGAAUGAAACGAAAAUACUAUUCUUGGGAAGAGGCCAUGAAUUUGCGGGAAGUUAAGUCUUUGAAGAAAUUAUCACACCCUAACAUAGUUAAACUGAAGGAGGUCAUCAGAGAGAAUGAUACUUUAUACUUUGUGUUCGAGUAUAUGAAAGAGAAUCUAUAUCAAAUGAUAAAAGAUCGGGACACACAUUUACCGGAGCCGGAACUAAAGAGCAUACUAUUCCAGGUCCUAACUGGCUUGGCCUUUAUGCAUCGUCAUGGUUUCUUUCAUCGGGAUUUGAAACCAGAAAAUUUGUUGUGUUCCGGUCCGGAAUUGAUUAAAAUUGCUGACUUUGGCUUGGCUCGCGAAAUACGUUCGAGACCACCGUUUACGGACUAUGUGUCGACGCGAUGGUAUCGAGCUCCGGAAGUAUUGCUGCACUCCACUAAUUAUGGCAGCACCAUUGAUCUCUGGGCCAUGGGUUGCAUCAUGGCGGAAUUGUAUACAUUUCGUCCUCUCUUUCCGGGUAGCAGCGAGGUGGAUCAACUAUUCAAAAUAUGUUCAGUGCUGGGCACUCCCCAAAAGAGCGACUGGCCGGAUGGUUAUCGUUUAGCCGCAAUGAUCCAUUUUCGUUAUCCCGAUUGCAUUAAAGUGCCACUGAGCAGCGUUGUGACACGUUGCAGCCAAAAUGGUCUUGAUCUAAUGGAGGAUAUGUUGGCCUAUGAUCCCGAUAAGAGACCAACGGCCCAACAGAGUCUUAAAUAUCCAUAUUUCCAUGCAUUAAAGAGGAUCUCACCGAAUGCGGCAACAAAAGCGAAUGUAAAACUCAGUUCUAAGUAUGCUCCUCCUCCCACUCAGAUUGUGUCAAAUAAUGUGCUUCCUGUGCAGGAGAAACUGCAAGCCGUCACGGAGCUCAUCCAUCAAAGCAACAAUAUUAACAAUAAUAAUAACAACAAUAACAGCCACAACAACAACAACAAUUUAAUCAAUGGCAAGUCUCAGUUAAUGGCCAAAAAUGUGAGCAUGCCCAGAAAAUAUCAGCCAAAGUUGAGUUUUCUCAACCAAAAUGAAAUGGGUUUGGGUAUGCGACCAGCAGCAGUGGGAGGAGUAUCUGGAGGAGCUGCUGUUAGUGUUACCGACUCUAAUAGUGUGAACGGAGCAACGACAACCGAACCGCCACCUGGAAGCGAAUCCAUCAAUGAUAUAUAUCUAAAUCGCAACAUUUCCCAGCUCUUUGGUUUGCCGGCCCAAGCACCGCAUCCGAAUGUGUCUUUUAGCAACACAUUAUUACGCAAUCCUGCUCCCAUCUAUGUGAAUGGCAGCCAAUUAAGCUUGGACACCAUCAGCAAGAAUGCCAAGAACAGUUUUCCCUCCAAUGGCGGUGGUUAUUAUGUCCAGGCCCGUCCCUCCAUCGCACAACAGGAUGCCAAAGUCUAUAAUAUGUUCUCCAAAGUUAGUGCCCAACAAGCACCGCCCAAUUUACUGGUACGUCACCAUUACCAGCCACCACCGGGACAAGGAUCAUCUGUCCUGGGUGCAGGAAUGAUGAAUGGAGCUAGCAUAAGACUCUCGGGUAGAACCCAGCCGCAGCAAGCUCCGGUUCUUAUGCAGGCGCAGUCUCAGACUCAGGAGACAAAAUUGAGUGCUCUGAAAGCAGAUGAUCUCGAUAUGAUUUUGGGAUCAAAGCUGAAAACUUCCGCCAAGCGUCAACGAAAUGCCAAGGCCAAUAUUUUACUGGAAGACCUUUUUGGUCAUUUGUCCAUGGAUUCGGAUGGCAGUGAUGGCAAGUAUCCGCAUACAGUACCGCCCACACAACAGGCGAAACAAGGCCAAAAUACGACGGGGUCGGGACGUGAUUUCUUUAGCGAAGGCCUACUGAGACCAGCUCCCAAGAAAAAGACCACUCAAAGUAGCCUGGAGGUGAACAAUGGCAGUCGUACGGAUUCCCUAGCACAAAAUAAGCCACAAAAAGAGAAACCAGCUGCCACAUUUCCCUGGGAUGAGACAAACAAAACGGAAGAUGAAAAACUAACAGCUUGGAUGGUGGCCGAAAAUGGUAAUAACUUCAAUUUUGGUAAUCCACAAGCGUAGAAAUCGGAACAGCACCCAAUCAAGUAGUCAUCAGUAGUAGAGGUAGCCUAAAUAGUAGAAUUACAAAAUUAAAAAGCACCAAGCAAAAAAUAUAAAGAAAUUGGAAUUUGGCACGAGAAACCAAGGAAUUCGGAUUAAUAAAAAUGAAAAUAUUCAACAGGAUCAUUGCUGGAGAACAAAUUUUGAAAGCAUAACAAACAAAAAAAAAAAACAAAGAAGAAAAUUGAAGGAAUUGCCCGUCGUACCUGAAAUAAUACUAAAUGGAAAGAGAUUAAAAGAAAAUCGAUUACAAAAGUGCCUAUGAUAUUCUUUCGAAAUUUAGUUAUUUUCUUUUGCUUCAAAACUGAAUGUAUCCGUCCUUGUAAUGCCUAUCCGUUAAUUGUAACGCUGUGAUAAAUAACUAAACUAAUUUUAAGUAAUAUUGUUUAUGUGAAUGUUAAUGAUAAGCAUUAGUUUUGAUUAAGAACCCUUUAAAAUCUUUCAAAUGUAAAUAUAGAGAUAUCAACAAUCUUA